AUGCCCCAGCUACUUUCUGACAAUUCUUCCACAGAAGUCUCUGAGUUCCUCCUUAACUGUUUCAUCAGAUCUCCAAGCUGGCAGCACUGGCUCUCUUUGCCCCUGAGCCUGCUUUUCCUCUUGGCCAUGGGGGCCAAUGUCACCCUCCUAAUCACGAUUCGACUGAAGGCCUCUCUGCAUGAACCUAUGUACUACCUGCUCAGUCUGCUCUCUUUGCUGGACAUCGUGCUCUGUCUCACUGUCAUCCCCAAAGUCCUGCUCAUCUUCUGGUUUGACCUCAGACCCAUCAGCUUCUUUGCCUGCUUCCUCCAGAUGUACAUCAUGAACUGCUUUCUGGCCAUGGAAUCCUGUACCUUCUUGAUAAUGGCAUAUGAUAGAUAUGUUGCCAUCUGCCACCCACUGCGCUAUCCAUCCAUCAUUACUGAUCAAUUUGUUGCCAAGGCUGCCAUUUUCAUAGUGGCCCGGAAUGCUCUUGUCACUGGGCCCAUCCCUAUUCUCUCAGCUCAGCUACACUACUGUAAGUACAAUGUCAUUGAGAACUGUAUUUGUGCCAACUUGUCAGUGUCCAAACUUUCUUGUGAUAAUAUUACACUCAAUCGCCUCUACCAAUUCAUUAUUGGUUGGACUGUCCUUGGUUCUGAUGUCAUCCUCAUUUUCAUUUCCUAUAUAUUCAUCUUACGUGCUAUUCUUCAACUAAAGGCUAAAGGUGCUGCAGUAAAAGCCUUAAGUACAUGUGGCUCCCAUUUCAUUCUCAUCCUCUUUUUCAGCACCAUACUGCUGGUCUUUGUUCUCACCCAUGUAGUCAAGAAGAGAGUUUCUCCUGAUGUUCCCAUCUUACUCAAUGUUCUGCACCAUGUGAUUCCAGCUGCUCUCAACCCUAUUGUUUAUGGAGUCCGAACCCAGGAGAUCAAACAAGGAAUUGUGAAGUUAAUAAAGAAGGGUGUGUGA